GUGAUGUCCUUUUGAUAAAACGAGAAAGUAGGCCAGACCAAUAGCCUGUGACGGUUUGCUGGAGGUCCGAUGAAGCCGCGUUUGUCCUAGGCAUCGAUUCACGGUGUCAACUUCCUAGUCCGCAUUUUGCAUAAGGAUGGCCGGGUUUGGAAAGCUGCGCGUCGCUGUUAUCGGGGCCGGUGGCGCGGGACUCUGCGCGGCCCGCCAUCUCCUUUCCCGCCCGGACACUUUCGCGCCGCCUGUGGUAUACGAGCUCACCGAGAACAUUGGAGGAACAUGGGUCUAUGAGGAAAAAGUGGGGUGUUACGACAAUGGCUUACCGAUUCACAGCAGCAUGUACAGGGACCUCAGAACCAAUAUUCCCAAAGAGGUGAUGUCGUUCCCUGACUUUCCUUUCGCAAAGCAUCUCCCCUCUUUUGUCCAUCACACAGAGGUACGGAAGUACCUUGAGCAGUACUGUGAUCAUUUUCGCCUGUGGGACCACAUUCAGUUUGGCACCUCAGUGGCCUCAGUGACCCCAGUGUAUGUAAAGGGUGGGUGGAAUGGGUUGGCUUGGAAUGUCACCUCCAAUGAUGGCCUGGACCACAGCAAAUCCACUACAGAGCGAUUUGAUGCCGUUAUGGUGUGUAAUGGACAUUUCUAUGACCCCUACAUCCCUGCAAUACCUGGACUGGAAAAAUUCAAAGGGACGCUGAUGCACAGUCAUGAUUACCGUAGUGCUGAACCUUUGGCGGGAAAGUCAGUGGUGCUGCUCGGAGCGGGUCUCUCUGGACUUGAUAUUGCCAUGGAGCUCUCCAGUGUUAAUGCUAAGGUGAUCCUGAGUCAUGGACAGCGGCCUUUGACCUGCCCUCUUCCUCCCGGAGUCCAGCAGGCUCCUCCAGUAACUUCUGUACUGGAUGAUGGGACUCUAGAGUUCAAGGAUGGGGAGAGGGCCAAGCCAGAGGUGUUCCUGUUUUGUACAGGCUACAACUUCACCUUCCCAUUCCUGGACGAGAAAGUGGGUGUAAAAGUGAAGGAGCACCACGUCUGGCCUCUCUAUAAGUUCCUAAUACCUCCGGCCUACCCAUCACUCUUUAUAGUGGGCAUCUGCAGAGCUAUAUGCCCCUUCCCACAUUUCCAUAUUCAGUCUCAGUUUGUCCUGUCAGUGUUGGAUGGUUCUUUCCCCCUCCCUUCACGUGAGGAAAUGGAGAAUGAUAUUGAGUUGGACAUUGCCGCCCGUCGUGCCCGUGGGAUUGCCAACCGCCAUAUCCUUAAACUGGAUUCUGAGCAGUGGGCCUAUAAUGAUGAGCUCGCCCGCCUGGGGGGAUUCCAACCCCUCCCAUCCUAUUGGAGCAACCUGUACGAAUCCAACAAGGUGUUCCGGGCCCGAGACAUGCUCAAUUACAAGACCUACAACUACACUGUCCUCGAAAACAUGGACUGGAAGGUGCACGAUUUACAUGGCCAGCAGCUGCAGAAGCCUUUGGCUGUUAAAAAACAAAUGUAAGCUGUGAUCGAAAAAUAUACCAUCAUUCUGGUGCUAAUAGGCAUAUGCCAGUGUAGCAAGUAAAAUUAGGAUAUUAACAACUUGUUCAAUAUUUUGAUUAUCAAUUAUUUUAUUUAAAAAAAAAAAUCUAACCAUACUUUUAUUUUUAUAAUGACAUAAGUAAAUGAUGACAGAAUUUUUAUUUGAAUACUUGGAAAGAUUUGAUGCAUGUUGUUUGGAUUGUGAUUAGUGAUAUUGGGCUAUAAACAAAUUUGACUUAAUGCUAAGCAAGAGGUGUUAUGUUCCUUCAGUCAUUUUGUGUCUGAAAACAUUUCUUUAAGGUUUGUAUUGUGUGUGCCCUUCAUGGAACAUUAAUGUCCUUUGUCAGUCACAUCAUGCAUGUUUAAGUGAUGAGAACUGCACUACUUGUUUUCAGAGAUCUAACAGACAUUUUAUACUUUUGCUACAAUUGUGUGACCUGUGCUACAAAAACCUUCAGCCUCUGUAUGUAGCACUAGUGCUAAUUGCUAAAAGUUAACGUACAGCCCAGUAAGGAUAUCUUGUUAAAAAGAACACAUUUCAGAUUUGACGUUGUGUGUGGGGUUUAAUAAUGUUUUAAGACAUAAAAGGUUGGGAAACACUGAUCAAGACUAUUGCUGAAAUGAUCUUGUCUUAUUAAAUUAGAAUAAUGGUUUUCAUUAGAGGUUAAAGCAGUCAUGAAUUGAGUAUAUACACAACCCAAUAAAUUGAAUCUUCAGAA